GAUUCAGAUUCAGACUCAGAAAACAAAGCGCGAGAAAAAGCAGGCAACCUGCUUAGACUACACUGUUUAUUUCUCGCGCUUGUUUUCGGAAUCUGAAUCUGAAUCUGAGUGCACUCUGGCCGCACCCUAUGGUGGGGGGAGUGCCAUAGAUAGUAGAGGACAACUGAUGACGAAUGCGGCCGCUAGGGGGCGCCUUUGUGCGUGUUCAUAUGUCAAGACAGGGUUGCCAUCUCAAUUUUAAAGGCUUGGGAUAGGAUCUGUGCCGGGUGCGGAGACGUAGUGAAGUCCCUCGACGGGGAUCUCGCGGGUCCGCACUAAACAGCGUAGAGGGUUUUCGCAGGAUUUUUCAGCGGAUAGUAUGCGCUAAACGCUCGUGAGCCGCGCAGACUGCUUAACGACUUUUCCGUUUCUCACCCGUGAGACUUGCGAGAGGCUAGGUGUGAGGUUUUUUCGUUGGUGUGCUUAUUAAGGGAGGCAACGUCUGUAAACAGAGGUUUUGCCUAUCUAAUAAAAAAAGCGACAAUGCUAGUAUUUAAAAAAACAGUCUUGUAUUAAUGUCUUUAUAUAUAUUAACUAUAUAUAUUCCUGGUUAUUAUUUUAUUUCAUUUAAUUUUUAUAUUUUGAUACAGAGAAAUAUCGGAUCUUGGCUUUGCCUUGAAUCGAUUUAUUUGGAAUUGCGAUUUACAUUGGGCAUCCCUAAACCGAAAAUCAAUCGACGGAUGUCACAGAGUAGGACGUCCGUGCGCACUUUUAUUGUUUUGGAAUGUAAAUAAAUAAUAGGACUAGACCCCUAACAAUGAAAUUGAAGAAAGACUAGAUUUAAAUUCUUAUUUUUGGCUCGUAUUUUGCCUAUUAAAUGUAAAUAUGAAUGUUUAUACUGUAUAAAGUACAAUUAUAUUUAUCCACAAUGAAGUGGAUUUUAAUAUGUUUAUUUCCAAUUGUUUCUGUCCUUACUUGGUAUGUUCCUUUAGUAUGGAACAUGAUUUAUUUGUUACUGUGUGCUGUAUUCGUUACUUUAGUAGUGUUUCUGGUUACACUUUGGGCCCAUGUCGCGCUUUCUUCUCCACAUCAAACUUCUCUAUUUUUAAUAGAAAGAGUGGAAAAAGAUGUACGUGAAUUGGAGCAAUACCUAAAAGAAGAUGACAACAAUUGGCCUCGUAUGACUAAAAAGAAUCAUUUACCUGUUAUAUUUGGCCGCACAGUAGAUAGCCAGUUGCAGCAACUGAUAGAUUUUGUCCUCCGAGACUUUGUUACGUGUUGGUUAAAAGAAUUAUCUCAUAAACCAGACCCAGUAAUAGAUAAGUUCAAAGAACACACAUGGGGUGCAAUUCAAAAUCUGUAUGAGAGACUAUUAAAGGUAGAUGCAGAAAAAUUACUUGCUGGCGAUAUGGUUACCAAAAUUACUCAACAUUUUGAAAGAAUUAGAAUUGCAAGAAGCUGCGCAUUGGAAUUAAAUCAGACACCAGUGUUUGCAUUAGCUCCUCACUUGAUGUCAUGUGAAACAGAACUUCACUAUUUACGACAGAUUAGUGAGCUCAUCAUUAUGUUCCUUUUACCGCGUUGUUACUCACUUUCACCUACAUCACAUUUAAUGAGAGAGAUUCUGGCAUGCAAAGUUUUACAACCAGCAAUAGAUCUUAUUACCGAGCCUGAUUAUAUUAAUCAAAAGAUAAUCCAAUAUUUGGAAGCUCAGAAGGAAGUAGACGCCAUGCAUGUACGCACGCACGAGUAUGCGAAGACAUUCGAGGAUUACAUAAGGCUAAUAACAAACUGCAAUAAUGUCGACACUCUGAAACGGUUACGGUACGAUAUUGUUAGUCAAAUAAUGCAAGCAACUACCUUACAAAAUGUGAAACGGGCUAAAGGCAUAGACAUAGACGUUAUAGAGAAAAGUGGAGUGCAGCAGAACGUGAGCAGACAACAAAUUAACGACGCAAAGAAACUAAAGAGGUAUAUUAGUCAGUUGACUAUUGCUAAAGCCGAGUGCGAACUGGCUCUGAGAAAAUUGGGAUGGGAUGGAGCUUUCCCGACUGUCGAGUCCAAUAGUAAGACUCUUCCUCUACAUAAAAUCAUGGAAAGCGUAACGGGGCGCCGUUAUUUGUCAAUGUUCCUGGAGACUAUGUGUUCUCAAGGCCUAGUCGGUUUCUGGACAGCAGUAGAAGAGCUAAGGCACAGUCCUAGGAGUAGCUGGCAUCAGUUGGGUGCGGAAAUAUUUUACACUUACAUAAGGUCGCCUAGUGCGGAGCUUAAAGUUGAUAAGGAAACAAGGAAACGAAUGGAGUCAUUUUUAUUGGGUGACAAAGGACCAGAAGUUUUUUAUGAAGUCCAAGAUACUGUUGUAGAUACCAUUCAAGAAAAAUAUUACUCAUCAUUCCUAUUGAGCGAUCAAUAUACGGCUUUGAUCGCAGAACUAGCUACAGAAGAAGCUAACAAAGAAAUGAGUUCAGAAAGGUCUCCCAUAGAAGACAGGCAGUUGUCCAACGAAUCCGUGUCGUCUGCGGAGAGUGUAGGCGGGGCACAUCUUACGGAACAUUCCACUUAUGCCCGCAGAAAACUCGACCAAUUGCAAGAGAGGCACAAUAAUAAAAUACAGGCUUUAGCCGCUCUUCGUGCGUCCCUAAAACCAGACUCCCCAGCUCUAUCAAUGCUGGCGAAUGAAGUGGAAAGAUUAGCGGGCGAACAGAUGAGACUGGAAGCGCAUCUAGCUCGCACAGACACGUGGGCAGAACAUUUGGGCAGUUGGCGGGCCACUGUCCAUAGCGCUGAGGUAAUAGACGAAUCGAAACCACCACAGUUCGUGAUAGUAGUUCACAUGGCCGAACAGGAAGUGGCCGCGUGCGAAGAGAAACCGGAACAAAUAUCCACCGGUUGGGUGCUUCUGAGGACACUCAAUGAGUUUCAAGAAUUACAUCGAAAAUUAAGGCCUUUAUGUUCAGAACUGAAAAAUUUAGAACUACCGACCAAUUCAUUCAAAUUUUUGUUUGGCAAAAACGACAGAAACUCUUUGGAAAAAGCAAAAAUUUUAAUACAAAAGUAUUUAGAAUUUGUUUUAGAAGACGACAGACUGAAUCAAAGUGAAGCUUUAUAUACAUUCCUGAAUCCGAGUUCAGAAUUAAUGAAACAAGGAGAUCUACCAAAGAAAAAUAAAUUUUCAUUUUCUACUUUAUUUAAAAGCACAAGCAGUGAAGCGACAAGCAGAUCAUCCCAAGAAAGGGAGGCAUUCGCUCACCUCUCGGCCGAUGAAGAUGAAAUAUCAUUGUACUUAGACGGGAACGGAGGCGAUGGUAAUAACAAAAAUAUCAGUGGUGCUAUGAGAGGUGUCGGUAUAGCAGGUGAAGAGAGAGACAGUAUAGCGGAGCCGUUGUACUCGCUGCUGAGCGAAGUAUUCGACAUGCGAGGCGUGUUCCGAUGGCUGAGGAAAACUCUGGUCACUUUCGUGCAGAUCACAUACGGACGGACUAUAAAUAGGUAAGUAUAACUUUCAUGAAAAUUAUUUCUUAAAAAAAACAAGAAAAGAAAACUGUAGAUUUGUGAACCCAGCAGUCAAAUGUUAAAAAUAAUGAAGUUUUUUCUAUGCUGUUUUAUCUAAAUUUUAUUUUACAGUAGUCCUGCGUUUUUGGUCAUAUUAUACCUUAAUAAGAAGGUAAAUAAUACUGAGACCGAUUAGCCUCGUCUUUGGUAUUAUUUUUAUUUUAAAAUGCGGGUAUACAUUGUAACGAAUCCCCAUUUCCCAAUUCUAGGUAUUUUGUAGGAAGGUUUGAAGUUUUAAAUUAUUGGCACGCCUUACUUUAAGUCAAAACCAGCAAAAGGCGUUAUUGAGUAAUACUAACGUGAAGCACAAUUGCUUUAUAUCUCUGCUCAACUUCAUAAUUUAUGGUAGACAGAGAAGCUCGAUGGCGCAGGGGGUUAGCGCAUUCGGUCUGCGAUCGUGAAAGUUAAACAAACAUUCGCAAUGGUCGGUCAUUGGAUAGGUAACCAAAAACUUAUUAUCUUGAACUCUUCCUUGCAUUGGAAGGUACGUUAAGCCGCUGGUCCCGGCUGCAUCUGCUGUCGUUAGGACCUUCCAAUCCGCACUGGGCUCGCAUGGUGGCCUAGUCUUCACAUGCCGUCCAUAAGAAAAGCCCGUGCCCCAGCAGUGGGGACGUAAUAGGCAGAUGAUGAUGGUGAAUAAGAGAUAUCCUGUUACAGGCAAAUCAAAGAGACGGUAUCGUGGCUGUUCUCGGAACAAAUGCUCCAUUAUUACAUCAGCGUAGUGCUUAAGUCGUGGUGGCCGGGCGGUGUAUUAAGUGAAAACACUUCCAACAGAAACUUUCAAGAUAAAGAGCAUACGCGGACCCUAGCGCUGCAACAGCUAAACGAAAGCGUAGUUAUAGCGCUUUCUUCGCUCGUCGGCGCUCAGACAGCCGCUCGAGGCGCGCACAAACUGUUCCACACCCUACAAAACACCACUCACAACAAGCAACUAUUCUAUGAACUCUUCGAAUUAUUUUUACUGGAGGUUUUUCCUGAACUCAAACGUUAUCAUUAAAUAGAUCUACGUGCAUAGGUAAGAUACGGCCAUGACAAUAGAAUAAUCAAAUUGUUAAAUAAUAUAUGUAUUAUAAUCUUACAGGGAUUUUCUCCAAAAGAUAACUUUCUCUUUAUAUUUGAUACUCUAUGAGAGGCAUUCCGUUUUAUAUUUUUAAACUUUGACUGAAAGUUUUUGUAUUGAUAGUCUAUCGAAGCUUCUUUGUUAAAUAGUACUUACAUUUAGUAGUGGAAUACAUGAAUAUGCAUAUUGUUUAUUUUGCUUAAUAAGAUUGAUCUCAUUAUUGCGUUGUACUGAUAACUAUGUACUCAUAAAUCACCUUCAUUUGUAUUCUAUAGUUAAUUUAUGCAAAUUUAAGUGCCAAAGUUUGCACAUUCCAUCCAUACCUAAAGGAAAUGACAGGAAAAUAUGGAUAAUGAGUAAAUAAAAAAAUGUAUUCCUAAUAUUAUUGAGAUGUAACUUAGCUACAAUAGAAAAGAAAUAAGGACUAAACUGCUCAAAUCAUUUUCGUCGGAAAUAUCAAUAAGAGUAACUCCACUUGAAAUUACAACGUGACUGCCAAUACGGAAGCAAUCGAUAUGCAGCUUACGAUUUAGUUGAUAUAACUGUUACUAAUAAAAAGGAGUAAUUCAAGGUCUGUUCACGCACAGAUGGUUCAGGGUUCAAAUCAAUUACCACACAGCUAAAGUCGCGGGCAUUCGCUAUUACAUAAUGAAUAAAAAUAUCACAAAAUUGUGAAUCUUAUUUGAAAUCGAAUCUACUACAGGUAUAAGUAGACCGCUUAACUGAGUCCUCGCCUGCGGGGUACAGGGUGUGGAGGAGGACGAAAACGGGGACCGUGAGAGUUGCGGGCGGCAGGCACAUUCUUGUCAAAAUUACAAGUGCCCGCACCUCUCACGGUCCCCGUUCUCGUCCCCCCCCCCCCCCCCCCCCCCAAACCAGCGUUGCCAAACGUCUCAAUUUUGGCGGGACGUCCCGAUUUUUAAAUCAAAAUUUAAUGUACCGCGCGGAACAGACUCAAUCCCGCUUUUCGGGAAUAACUCGACCGUGUGUGCAGCGUACUGAGAAAGCGCGGGUAGCACAGACAACCGACCGAGAUAAAAUCUAUCCCAGGACUCAAACCACCUCUUUACCAUAGGUUCAGCUGUUUAAGCGUGAAGGGGUAACAGACAAACACAUUUUCUCGUUCAUAAUAUUAGUAUCGAUUUGCAUCUAAAGUCAAUGACGUGCUGGCAUUUGGGCGAUCUUUACUACAUGAUGUAGAAAUAAUAGCGCGCGAUACAAACGGCCUUUGAUAAAGAAUCACUUUUUUUAACAAAGGAAAAAUAAGGUUUUUUAAAAAAUUAAGAGCUUUUACUUUUUAAUAUACUUUAUUGAAAAUCAUUUUCUAUAUCUAGCGGUAUAUUUGCACACCGUUUGAUCUCUACUAUUGACAGUCUAAAUACUUUAAAAAGCUGUUUAGAUUUCUCUGAUUUCUUACAGCAAUUUAGUUCUGUCACAUCUUGGAAUACUGUAUGGUCAACAGCCCAUCGAUUUUCGCAGUUUAAAAUACUAACAAUCAAAUUUGAUCUUUGCUUUAAAUAAUUUAAGGUUUGUGUUCGAUAACUCGAUGCUAUGUUCAUGAAAUAUCGGAAGCUAGGAUUUUAGGUGCACUAUUAUAUAAUAAUGAUUAAAUUUGUUUUUUCAUGAAAAUCAUGUUUGCUUAAAUAUGUGUACCUGAUUGUUAGGUAUUGUAAACAUUUCCUUUAAGUUGUUUAAUGAUGUGCUUAUAUAAGUGGGUGAAUGUGCGUGCCGUUGGCUGUGCUUUAUGGUGCACUAGCAAUUGUUAUUAAAAGCACCCUUUAUAUGUAUUAGGCGAUUUCAGAAUAUGUAAAUCUAUCGGAUAAAGUUAUUUUCAUUCUAACAUCCUUUCAAUAAACUUUAACUAACUUUUUUUUUAACUUUUGUUUCAGUUUCAAAUUAAAUUAAAGGGUAAUCGACUUAAAAAAUGAGUUGACAAUUUUAAGCUGUUUUGCAAUCUCAGCUUACGGUAAAAAAGUCUUCUUACAAAUACAAAUGUUCUAGUAAUUAAACUCGGCAAUGGACCGUGUGAUCCGAAAAAUGACCACAUGAAAAAGGAUAUGUUUUCCUUGAUUUGCCUUUGCCACUCGUUUCUAAAGAAAAAGAAAAAAUAUUGCAAAAUCUACGUAAGCGAUACUACGUUAUACUAUUACAAAAUUACGAUUCCGUAUAAUUUUCCUCUAUUUGACAUACUACAUACUAUAACUUUAUUAUCUCUUUGUGUAUUUUGAGAGUAACAAUAUUUUACGUGAUUCAGUAAAAUGUUUAUGUUCCAACAUAAACAU